GGCGGGAGCUGCGCGUGGAGGAGGGCGCCUCCCGCCGCGUGCCGCUUGAGGGGGGGCGCGCGGCUGAGGCGGCGCCAUGAAGAGGAGAGCGGGGGAGUGGGAGAAAGAAUGGAAGAAAAAAAAGCUUCUUGAAGAACUUGGAGAGAAUAGACUUCCAUAUGUGACACCAGCCGAUGCUGAUUUCCAUCAAUUGUGGAAGACCAAAUAUUCCAAGCUGAUUUUUGGAAAAUCUGACACGAUACCUGAAGAACUCCAUGAAAUGGUACAAGAAGGCUUUCUGACCUUGCGAAAACAUGAAUGUUUCUUUCAAGAUCUUGUAAGAAUCAAAGGAAAAGAUUUUGUUACCCCAGUGUCUCGUAUAUUAAUUGGAAAGCCAGGAUGCACUUACAAGUACUUGAACACAAGAUUAUUUACAGUUCCUUGGCCUACUGAAGGUUAUGAUAUAAAUUAUUGCAGUCCUGAAAUACAUGAUGCUUGUAAAGCAUUAAUCAGACUUAAUGACUACUUGCAUAUUGAAGCAGUCAAGGCAUUGCAAGGACAAAAUCUGUUUGAGACCAAAGAAAUUAAAGAUACUGCUGUCAUAGAUAGAGAACAAAAUUUUGCUACUUCUCCUACGGAGAAAGGGUCUGUUUCAGAAGAUCAAAGCAGUUGUUGUGUACCAGAGGAUGACUACAUAAGUCUCAAGAGCAGAACAUCUUAUAACUUGACUCUGUUAAAUUAUAUGGAUCCCCUGCAAAUGCUGUACUUGAAACAAGAACCUUAUUUUGGAAUGGGGAACAUGGCAGUGAGCUGGCACCACGACGAGAAUCUGGUUGAAAGGUCAACGGUUGCCGUGUACAGUUACAGCUGUGAAGGUUCAGCUGUGGAAGAAACUAAUGAACAAAAACCGAAGGGACGAGACCCAGCUGUUUGGCAUGUAGGCUUGAAGGUGGCAUGGGACAUAGAGACACCUGGCUUAGCAAUACCACUUCACCAAGGAGACUUCUACUUGAUGCUUGAUGAUCUCAAUAUGACCCAUCAGCACUGUGUUCUGGCUGGUUAUUCUCCUCGAUUCAGCUCAACUCACAGAGUGGCAGAUUGUUCAAGAGGAACAUUGGAAUACAUAUAUGGACGAUGUGAACUGGCACUCCAGAAUCUACAGACUGAUUCUGAUUCGAAGGCUUUAUCUUUGAAAUCACUGGAAACUGCAGUUGUGAAGCAAGUAGAAGAAAUACAUAAUGAGGUUGAAUUUGAGUGGCUUAGGCAGUUUUGGUUUCAAGGCAAGCGGUAUUUGAAGUGCACUGAUUGGUGGCUUAAGCCUAUGGCUAAACUGGAAGAAUUUUGGAGAAAAAUGGAGAUUAUGACAAGACUGCUACUUUCUGAAGUUGGAAAAAAGGAACAAAUUGAGGAACAAAGGAAUGAAACCAUCAACUGCUUCUUGCUAGUUCUUACUGAGCGACAAAGGCUGCGUAAAGAGUGGACAGCAAGAUGCCAGUCAGAAGCAGCAGAGAGCUUGCCAGAAGACCAGAAACCAGAAUGCCAUCCCUUCUGGACAGAUGAUGAAAGCAGUAUGCCUCUGCCAUACGAUCUGGAAGAAGUAAUUGCUAAUCUACAAAAUCUUCUUCAGUAGGUAGAGUAACAGUCCAAACUGAGGCCCAUCACCUGCAACAUGGCUGGGCUUGCAUCUUCAUUGACAUUCAUCUGUCCUCUUCACCUUAGCCUGGGAGCAUUCACUGGACAAGAGAAGAUCAUUUAUACAAUUGCAAAAAGACUGUACUUAGUAAGGGUACAGAAUUGGCUGAAUGACAAGUCAAACAAAAGCCAACAAAUAACUGAUAAAAUUAUCCCAUUGAAAUGUUGGUGGUUGGGUGUGAGCACUUCACACGUGACAUGAAAACUGUGGUUUAUCUUCUUGCUGCUUUGGAGAUACAUUCAUAAAUCACAUGAUGGAAAAGGACACGCUCUGCUAUGGUUUACAUCCUCUGACGCUCCACUGUUUUACAUGGAGCUUGUCCAUGAUGGAUCAGAAUUUGGUCACAACAGUUUUCUCCUCCCCCUCUGUAUGGUCAAAUACUUGCUUUCAUGCCAGCACAUCUUGGUCUGAUUAGUCCCCUUGAUUAGAGGCUGAAGUAAAAAGUCAGGUGUAUAGGAUUCCCAUUAUCCUUUAUUUCACUGCUUCUAAGAACAGGUCAGAUAGAGUUAUUUCAGUGAAAAUGUGAACAAUCAACUUCUGUUUACCAUUAACCUUCAGUUUUCUUUUCUUAAAAUCAAAUCAGGGCUUGGUAGGCAGUUAUUUUCAUACAUGUCCCUUGAUCAGUGGAACAAUCUGUCAAAAGCCAUUAAAGCCUCUAUUAGGUUGAAUUGUGUUCAAAGCUAAACUAUCCAAUCAUUUAAAGGGCUGUGAUGAUUGUUUUUAAUAUAGCAUACAUUUAUUUCUCUCUCCGAGGAGUAACAUAACUUUGAAACUAAGCAUGUAUGACUAGGGCUUUUUGCUCUCCAGCAUGUCAUGAGAAGCUUGGGUUCUCGUGGAAGAUGAAUGUCUGCAUAAAAAAGGAAGAAACAAAAGCAGUGAAAUCACCUGUAUGUUCUGAGAAGCUUUUCCUCCAUUUUUUCCUACUUCAUUGUAUCCAUCAAGGUAUAAAGUAUAUGGAAGGGGAAGAAAUGUCCCAAGGUCCUUUGCUCAAAAGCUUCCCUGAAACAUUUAGC